AUGAGUAAUCCAAUAACGUCUAUUAAGUUAGUUUUACUAGGUGAAGCUGCUGUCGGGAAAUCCUCUAUAGUAUUAAGAUUUGUAUCAAAUGAUUUUUCAGAAAAUAAGGAACCAACGAUUGGUGCAGCAUUUUUAACACAACGUGUGAAUAUCAAUAAUAACACGAUAAAAUUUGAGAUUUGGGAUACUGCAGGUCAAGAAAGAUUUGCUUCACUGGCACCAAUGUACUAUAGAAAUGCACAAGCAGCUUUAGUCGUCUACGAUAUUACAAAGCCACAAUCUUUUAUUAAAGCACGUCACUGGGUUAAAGAACUACAUGAGCAAGCCAGUAAAGACAUUAUUAUUGCACUAGUAGGCAACAAGGUUGAUAUAAUUGAGAACGACGAGAGUGAAAGAAAAGUUGCUAGGGAGGAAGGUGAACGAUUAGCAGAAGAGGAAGGUUUGAUCUUUUUUGAAACUAGCGCCAAAACGGCGGAAAACGUCAACGAUGUUUUCCUCAAUAUUGGUGAAAAAAUACCUCUCAAAAAUGAUAAUAGUAGUCCAAAUGAUACCACAAUAACAGAGGAUCAAAGAAUCAAUCUUGCAGCAUCUGCUAAUGCUACCAGCGAGGCUUCGUCUUGUAGCUGUUGA